GAUCGAGCCAGUAGACGCUUGAAGCUUGAGAAGUGAGGUGCUGCGGAAUUAUUUCCAAGCUCUAGUGAUCAUUCACAAAUGGACGAUUCAUUGUAAAAAUUACUUGUUGUUUUGGUGGCAUUUUUAACGUUUACGUGUCUGCGCCUGUAAAAAUUUACUUUAAGACGAUAAACUACAAUGUAUAGUUAAAUUUCAAUUUAAUUCAUAUUAUGACAGUAUUUUUUGUGAGGACAUAUUUACUCUAAUACAAUAACGGUAGGAGAGGAUGGCGGCGCCUUUGAGACGACUGAGGGAGCUGUUGGUGCCCUUAAAUUGCAUGAAGGAUGGGGUACGAGCAUCCAGUGGCAUGGAGGGUGUCCCUCACAAAACCACUAUGAAGGAUCAGAAGGUGUCGUCAUCGAACAUAAGAGUACCAUCAGAAGCAGAAGUUGUGGUGGUUGGUGGUGGGUCACUGGGCUGUAGUACACUCUAUCACCUGGCUAGGCUCGGCAUCACCAACACCGUCCUCCUUGAAGCACACCAGCUCACCGCAGGAACAACAUGGCACACAGCGGGGCUCUUGUGGCGCCUACGGCCUAGCGAUACAGAAAUCCAGCUUAUUCACACCACACGAGAGAUGCUCAUCAGACUGGAGCAAGAGACAGGAGUCAAUCCUGGCUGGAUUAACAAUGGUGGACUCUUCAUUGCCUCUAAUAAAGAGCGUUUGAAUGAAUACAAGCGACUCAUGACCAUCGGGAGGGUUCAUGGCAUAGAGAGCUAUGUACUUGACCCAACAGAGACGAAGAAACUCUACCCACUCCUGAAUGUUGAAGACAUUACUGGUACUUUGUACUGCCCGGGUGAUGGUACAAUGGACCCUGCUGGCUUAUGCAGCGCCCUGACGCGGUGGGCAAGACACGCCGGAGCCACAGUGGUGGAGCAAUGCCCAGUUAGUGAUAUACGCACGGUGGAGACCACGUUAGGUGGUAGGAAAGUGAAGGAGGUGCACACUCCAUAUGGUGUUAUCAAGACAGAUGCAGUCGUCAAUGCUACUGGUUGCUGGGCAAACGACAUUACGAGCAUGGUGGGUAUCGAGGUGCCCCUGACACCCAUGAAACACUCUUAUGUGGUAACUGAGAAGAUCCCAGGCAUAGAAAACAUGCCUAAUGUGAGAGACCACGAUGCAUCUGUGUACUUGAGGCUGCAAGGAGACGCGCUCUCUGUGGGAGGCUACGAAAACAACCCCAUCUUUCUUGAAAGGCUGGACCGGGACUUUGCUUUUGGACUGUACGAACUGGACUGGGAUGCGUUCAGUGCCCACAUCAGUGGGGCAGUGAACCGGGUGCCUGUACUUAAGACCACAGGCAUAAAGUCUACAGUGUGUGGGCCGGAGUCCUUCACUCCUGAUCACAAACCUCUUAUGGGGGAAGACCCCACGGUGCAAGGUUUUUACCACUGCUGUGGGUUCAACAGUAGUGGGAUGAUGCUGGGCGGUGGCUGUGGUGACCAAUUGGCUAAGUGGGUAGCUCAAGGUAGCCCCGAGUUUGACAUGUUCGGCUACGACAUACGUAGGUUCCAUCCUCCUCUCAACAGCAACAAGGCCUGGGUCUCGGCUCGUUCCCACGAGUCAUAUGCCAAGAACUACAGUAUUGUGUUUCCUCACGACGAACCACUGGCCGCUCGUGGACAAAGACGCUCUCCUCUUCAUCAGGUACUGGAGGAUAAGGGUUGUGUGUUCCAAGAGCGCCAUGGGUGGGAGCGACCUGGGUGGUUCAACUCACAACCAACUCCUACUAUGACAUACGACUGGUAUGGUGCCUAUGAAAACCCACUCAAUACUGACGACCUAUAUAAGAAUCUACUCACAGCUGAUUAUUCCUUUGAUUUUCCAACACAUCAUCACACAAUACAGAGGGAAUGCCUGGCAUGCCGCAAAAAAGCCGCCAUAUUCGACAUGUCUUACUUCGGUAAGUUCUACAUGACGGGUCCUGAUGCACAGAGAGCUGCUGACUGGAUCUUCUCAGCUGAUGUAUCUCGAGUUCCAGGCACUACAGUCUACACCUGCAUGUUAAACCACAAGGCUGGCGUUGAAGCAGACCUCACUGUGAGCAUUUGUGAAGGAGGUGAGGGGUCUGCGUGUGAUCCCACCUUCACUGGGCGAGGAUUCUACCUUGCAGCUGGAGGGGCAGCGGCACUCCAGAACCUGGCCCAUGUUGUCAAGGAAAUAAGAAAUAAUGAGUGGGAUGUGGACGUGUUAGACCAUACAGAGAAGCUGGCAAUGUUGUCAGUGCAGGGCCCUAACAGCAGGGCUAUUCUGCAGCAGCUGACUGACGAAGACCUCAGUGAUGAAGUAUUUCCAUUCUCCACUCAUAAAGUUAUCACUAUCGCUGGACACAAAGCUCGUGCUCUCAGACUUUCCUUUGUGGGAGAAAUGGGUUGGGAGUUGCACAUUCCAAACUCGUCAGCGGUCGCAGUUUACGAAGCGGUAAUGGCCGUGGGCACACCACUGGGUCUUGUUAACGCUGGGUACCGUGCCAUUGACUCCCUCUCCUGCGAAAAGGGUUACCGCCACUGGCACGCUGAUAUUCGUCCAGAUGACACACCCUUUGAGGCCGGUCUAGCUUUCACGUGUAAGCUUAAGACUCCCAUAAAAUUUUUGGGUCGUGAGGCACUGGAGGUACAGAAGACCGAGGGAAUCACCAAGAAACUGGUGACCUUUACCUUAGAUGACCCUCUACGACCUCUUUGGGGUUUGGAGGGAAUCUGGCGUAAUGGGGAGCCAGUGGGUUAUAUACGUCGCGCUGAAUAUGCUUUUGCUCUAGGUCGGCCCAUUGCGUAUGGGUACGUGCACAACCCCAGUGAAGGUAAAGUGACAAGUGACUUCCUCGAAAGUGGAAGGUGGCAGCUGGAAUCCAUGGGAGAAACUUUUGAUGCUACUGUUCACACCCGUCCACCGUUUGACCCAAAGAACCUUCGAAUCAAAGGCAUUUAUGAAGACCAGCCAACGUAGGUUCACAAGUCAUAUAAAACUUAAUAGUAAAAAUGGGCAAAAAUUUAUAAGCAUCUGUGUUUUGUACAAUGGUUUAUUGUAAUGCUCCGAGGCUUCUAGUUUUGAAAUCUGUGAACCUUUUAGAGUACAGGGAAAUAACAAAUUUAAGGUAAAGCAUUAAGAAGCCUGUGGUUUGUGUUUGUGUGCGCGUAUGUUGGUAGGGAAUGUACAGCUCGUAUCAGUGAUAAUUGCUUGGAUGAAGUGCCGAAUGACCCAUAUGGGUUUAACAUUUGUUCAUAAGUAUAAUAGUAACUUGCCUGGGAACAUGAACACAUAACGAAGCUUGCAAUUUAAUACAUGUAUAAGGUCGAACAAUGAAGCAGUGGCUACAAUUUAUCACCAAAUUCUAGAGGUUAAGAAAGGGAGUCAAGAACUAAGAUAAUGACCCUACACUGCACUUCAUAUAGGAAGCUUGUGGUGAGCUAGGUUGGAACACUCGGAAUAUUGUACGCUAAGAUGAAAUUAGAGUAGCUGCUGAGAUUAAAAAAAAAAAACUGUACAGUAUCUUCUUUCCAAUCGAAAAAAAAUAUUGCAUGGAAACUAAACUGAGAAUAGUUUAGGGUAUAUCGUACCAAAUAUAUUUAAAGAUUUCAGGACUUGUCAAGUAAAUGUCAAGUAGAUCCUCAGUUCCUUGUAUGUGCAUUAUACUUUUUUAUUUACAUAUGAAUAAAAAACAAAACAUUA